CGUAAGUAUCGAGCAGUGCCUUCGAGUUGACUCGCAUCGACAACGUAGGGAAAGAGGUUUUGUAAUCACUCCCUACGGUAAACAUGGCGGAUACGAUGCGUAUCGAGUGUACGUAAUCCGGGCCCAGAGUACAUUCAGGAUGUGCACCGCGAAAAGACCUAAUGUGAAGUGACAGCGUGAACUGUCACUUGUCAGUGUUUGUUUGGACAAAAAAAAUUUAUAGAAAAAAUAUAUUUUUUUUAUUUUAAAUUACAGUUAAAAACUAUAGCUUUCAGUUCUUUCAAAACUAAAAUACAUAUCAAUUUUAAUUUAAUUCUUUAAUAUGGAAUGUAAUGAAGAUAUUAAAGACUGUAGAAACCAAGAAAUAUUAACAGGUAUUAAAGAUGAAGGAGAUUCUGUACAGAAAUAUAACAAUAUAGAAGUUAAAUCUGAACUAGAUGAAAACAGUUAUGCACAGGAAUGUGUAUUAGAUGACUAUUGUUCAGAGGAUAUUAAAAUAGAAAACCAUGCAGUUGUAUCUAAUAAUGAAAUUAAAGUUGAAAUAAAAACAGAACUGGAGGAGCAUAGCAUUGGUGCCCCACCUGAUAUUACAAUGGGACUCGCAAUUACCAAACCAUUCAAUUCUGCCCAAGUACAUUUGAAAACAUGUACUGGUGAUAGACCAUAUGAAUGUGAAAUUUGUAAUAAUCUGUUUACUACAAAAGGUGCCCCACCUGAUAUUAGAAUGGAACUCGCAGGUACCAAACCAUUAAAUUCUGCCAAUGUACAUUUGAAAACAUGUACUGGUGAUAGACCAUAUGAAUGUGAAAUUUGUAAUAAUAUGUUUACUACAAAAUUUAAUUUAAAGAUGCAUAUGAGAAUUCACACUGCUGAAACACCUUAUAAAUGUGAAAUUUGUCAUAAGCAGUUUAAUCAGCUAAAUAGUUUAAAUUAUCAUAUGAGAGAUCAUACUGGUGGAAAACUUUAUAAAUGUGAAAUUUGUAGUAAGCAGUUUACUAUAAAACGUAAUUUAAAUACUCAUGCGAACUGUCACAGUAGUAAAAAACCUUAUAAAUGUGAAAUUUGUAGUAAGAUGUUUACUACCAACUUUAAUUUAAAGGUGCAUAUGAGAAUUCACACUGGUGAAACACCUUAUAAAUGUGAAAUUUGCACUAAACAUUUUGCUCAGAAAAUUUCUCUAAAUGCGCAUAUGGCAGUUCAUACUGGUAAAAAACUUUAUAAAUGCGAAAUUUGUACUAAGCCGUUUACUACAAAAAGUAAUUUAAAUACUCAUAUGAAAUGUCAUAGUAGUGAAAAACAUUAUAAAUGUGAAAUUUGUAGUAAGAUGUUUACUUCAAAAGGUAAUUUAAAGGUGCAUAUGAAAGUUCACACUGGUGAAAAACCAUAUGAAUGUGAAAUUUGUAUUAAGCAGUUUACUACAAGAAGUUAUUUAAAUAUUCAUAUGAAAUGUCACAGUAGUGAAAAACCGUAUAAAUGUGAAAUGUGUGGUAAGAUGUUUACUAGAGAAGGCGCUUUAAAGAUGCAUAUGAGAAUUCACACUGGUGAAACACCUUAUAAAUGUGAAAUUUGUAGUAAACAGUUUGGUCAUCUAAGUGGUUUCAAAUAUCAUAUGAAAGUUCACACUGGUGAAAAACCUUAUGAAUGUGAUGUUUGUACUAAACAGUUUACUGUAAAAAGUAAUUUAAAUGCGCAUAUGAAAUGUCACAGUAGUGAAAAACCUUAUAAAUGUGAAAUGUGUGGUAAGAUGUUUACUAGAGAAGGUGAUUUAAAGAUACAUCUGAGAAUUCACACUGGUGAAACACCUUAUAAAUGUGAAAUUUGUAGUAAACAAUUUGGUCGUCUAAGUGGUUUCAAUUAUCAUAUGAAAGUUCACAGUGGUGAAAAACCUUAUGAAUGUGAAAUUUGUAAUAAGCUGUUCACUCUAAAAAGUCAUUUAAAGCGGCAUAUGAGAAUUCACACUGGUGAAACACCUUAUAAAUGUGAUAUUUGUAAUAAGCAGUUUAAUCAGCUAGUUAGUUUAAAUUAUCAUAUGAGAAAUCAUACUGGUAAAAAACCUUAUGGAUGUGAAAUUUGUAGUAAGAUGUUUACUACAAAAGAUGAGUUAAAGAUGCAUAUGAGAAUUCACACUGGUGAAACACCUUAUAAAUGUGAAAUUUGUAGUAAACAAUUUGGUCGUCUAAGUGGUUUCAAUUAUCAUAUGAAAGUUCACAGUGGUGAAAAACCUUAUGAAUGUGAAAUUUGUAAUAAGCUGUUCACUCUAAAAAGUCAUUUAAAGCGGCAUAUGAGAAUUCACACUGGUGAAACACCUUAUAAAUGUGAUAUUUGUAAUAAGCAGUUUAAUCAGCUAGUUAGUUUAAAUUAUCAUAUGAGAAAUCAUACUGGUAAAAAACCUUAUGGAUGUGAAAUUUGUAGUAAGAUGUUUACUACAAAAGAUGAGUUAAAGAUGCAUAUGAGAAUUCACACUGGUGAAACACCUUAUAAAUGUGAAAUUUGUAGUAAACAGUUUGGUCAUCUAAGUGGUUUCAAUUAUCAUAUGAAAGUUCACACUGCUGAAAAACCUUAUGAAUGUGAAAUUUGUAGUAAGAUGUUUACUACAAAAGGUGAGUUAAAGAUGCAUAUGAGAAUUCACACUGGUGAAACGCCUUAUAAAUGUGAAAUUUGUAGUAAACAGUUUGGUCAUCUAAGUGGUUUCAAUUAUCAUAUGAAAAUUCACACUGGUGAAAAACCUUAUGAAUGUGAAAUUUGUAGUAAGCCGUUUACUAUAAAAAGCCAUUUAAAUACUCAUAUGAAAUGUCACAGUAGAAAAAUCUUAUAAAUGUGAAAUUUUGUAGUACCACAGCUAUUAAUUUAAUUAGUUGGUUUGAGUUAGAGCAUGAGACAUGAUAGUUCAGAUAAAACACAAGAUAACAAUAGAUAUAUAUAAUGUCAACAUAAAUUUAAGUCCCUUUUAACAUACAAAUUAAGUACUAAUAAUUUUGAUUUCAACAGUUUCACUUAAUUAUUUUCAAUUUAUAGUAUUUAUUACUGAUAAGAACAAAGUUAAUUAGUUUAAAUACCGGAACCAGCUGUUUCCUUCACAUUAAUAUAAUAACUCGUUAUUUUAAUCCCUUUUUUCUUUUUUUAGACUAUUACCACCUGUUCUUCACUAACACAUAACUGUAACUGCAAUCUUCUUUAAAUAUUAAAUGUUGAAUGUUAUGUUAAAUGUACUCUUAUUAUGACUUCGUCAUAGCCCCAGGAUUGAUAAAUACAUACAAUUGUACUGCCGGAACACCCUUUUAACAUACAAAAGGGCCAUUAGACACCUUAGCCUGGCCAUUAAUAACAUCUAUUAAUAUUUGAGGUUUUCCCAAUAAAAAAUCUUCACGUGUCCCAAAACGCAGCACCAACGGAAACCUCAACAAAAGAACUCCCAGCACAUCCCAUCAAAGCAUUGAAAAACUAUGAUUUUCAAUUAAAAUUUGGGAAUUCAAAUCGCCGGCCAGGCUUGAAAAGUGCUUUUUCUAUCUCUCUAUUGAAAAAGAAUGAACGUCGUUGUUUUGCCACGAAGGCAUUCAAAAAAA